AUGAAGAGAGGAGUUGUCGCCAUCGUUGGCGGCAUCGCGGCAGUGGCACAAGUCGCCGAGGCAGCGUACGUCUGGCCUUCCAAGUACGACGAGAUCGAAGACAUACUCUCAUUGCAAACGGGAUAUCGCAGUAGAGGCUUCGUCGAAGGCGUGACUCCAUGCUCCUUUGGUGGCAACAUCGCCGGCCGCCAGUUCGCUGCAGAAUGGAUUCGCACGGCCUUCCAUGACGUUGCGACGACCGACGCGGCCGCCGGCGCGGGCGGCCUUGACGGCUCCAUCUGGUUCGAGCUUGACCGCACCGAGAACGGCGGCGCCGCCUUCAACAACACCUUCAGCUUCUUCAGCAACCUCUACUCGGUCCGGGCCUCGGCUUCGGAUCUGCUGGCCAUGAGCGUCGUCGUCGCCAACGCGGGUUGUGGUGGCGCGCGAAUGCCGUUCCGCGCGGGGCGCAUUGAUGCCGUCGAGGCCGGUCCCGCGGGCGUGCCGGAACCGGAUACGCCGAUGGACACGACGCGGAGCACGUUCGCCAAGGCCGGCUUCAGCGAAAGCGAGAUGAUUGCCCUGGUGGCGUGCGGCCAUACGCUCGGCGGCGUGCACAGCAGGAACAACCCGCACAUCACGGGGCUCGACCCGACGCCGGAUACGGUAACCAAGUUCGACAGCACCUUUGACGACUUUGACAACAAGAUCGCGACGGAGUACCUAAAGGGCAACACGUCGAACCCGCUGGUUGUCGGAAAGAACGAGACGCUCAACUCGGACAAGCGCAUCUUUGCGUCGGACGGCAACAAGACGAUCCAGGACCUUGGGUGCACCAAGAACGGCUUCAAGACGGCAUGCGCCGACGUCUUCACGCGCAUGAUCGACACGGUGCCCUCGGCGGUGCAGCUGACGGAGCCCAUUGAGGCCGUCGACAUCAAGCCCUACGUCGGGUUGUCGCUGGGCGAGAACGGGAGCAUUGCAUUCAGUGGCCGGGUCCGCGUCAGGACGACUGAAGACACCGGGCGUGACGUGAGCGACUUGACGGUCCACCUGAGCUUCGCGGACCGCAACGGCGAGGGCACCGUCACGGUGCCGACGACGCUCGACGAGGGGGGCGUGACGUACGGCCUAUGGGGCGAGACGUUCGUCUGGUAUCAGUUUGAGACGGUCAUUCCGGCCGCGAGCGGCAUCAGCAAGUUUGUCGUCCACCUGACGAACCCCUCCACCAACGCAACGGCGGUGUACAGGAACGGCGGUGGCAGCGGGUACCCGCUGGACGACGCGCUGCUGUACCAGGCGUCCGCGUCGUGCGUCGACCGGACGAGCGUGAACAACGAGCGCACCUUCACCGUCACGGCCGCGGUGCGGGAGGACCGCGCCGCGGACCCUGUGAAGAUGGAGCUCGUGCGUCUAGUGAGGCGGCAGGGCAUCAUUCAUCGGCAGCUCGUGGUCGAGACCGUUGAUCUGGCGGCGACGGCGGACGAGGGGGAGAGCGGGUACGUCACCUUCCAGGGGCAGAUACAGCUUCCGACGAACGGGUGGAGCACGAGCUUCGAUCUCGUUCUGGGAGGGGGCGAGAAGGAGGUCAGACUCGACUUCUUGAAGACGCAAACGUGUCCGCGCUUGAAAGUGAUAGCCUUCCAACCAGUCCCCGAACUCCUGGGAGGUCGCGCUGCGCUUGGCGAUGCUGGCGAGGAGGCUGAGAGGUUCCCGGAUGCCUCCAUAGACGGACGGCGACUCCGGCUGCGGGUGUACGAAGACUAUGAAGACGCCACACAAAUCGUCGUUACUUGUGCCAUGCCGUUCAAGGUUUAA